CUCAUGCAGUCACAAGAAGCACAGAUCUCUUUAUUUGUUUAUUACACUGGCUGACAGCACUUUGUGGGGAUUUUAUAUUUUUCGUAUGACGCUGAAUAUUCUUUUUGGUUGUGAAUAAGAAACAUUGCUGCGAUGGCUGACACAAACACUGAAGCACCGGCCCCCAGCGGGUCAAAGCUUGACCAGGUGCAGGGUCAGGUGAACGAGGUCAAAGUCAUCCUGAAAGACAACAUCAAUAAAGUGCUGGAGAGGGGCGACCGAUUAGACGAUCUGAUUGGCAAGACUGAUGACCUGCAGGCAUCUGCUGACUCCUUCCAAAAAACAUCCACACGGGUGGCCAGGAAAUACUGGUGGAAAAACGUUAAAUUAAUGAUAAUAAUUGGUGUGAUCGUGGUGAUCAUCAUCAUCCUCAUCAUCCUCGCAGCUACAAAAGUUAUAUAGAUCUUAUCUGAACUCCCUCAUCUGCUCAGGACUGAAAACUACGAAGAUGGUGGCCUUUAAUUGCACUCAUGGGUGAUCAAUUCAGCUCACAUGAAAAGAUGUUUUUAUAUAUUUUAAAGGACCAGUAUGUAGGAUUUAGUGGCAUCUAGUGGUGAAGUUGCAGAUUGCAGCCAACUGAAUACAUCUCACCUUCCUUUCUAAGUGAGUAGGAGAAACGGUGGCUGCAAAACUCACAGAAAAAUGCAAUAGACCCUCUACUAUAAAGAGCUUAUUCUAAGGUAAUCAAAAAACAAUUCUUAUUUUCAGGUGAUUAUACACUAAUUACAACAUACUUAUAAAUAUUAUAUUCCAUUUCUGCCAAGUCUGUCCUGCUAGAUGCCAUUAAAUUCUACACACUGAACCUUUGAGAUCAAAAUAUGUAUGUAAAUUCAGCAGGUACAUGAUGUUGUAGCUCCUGAAAUCUUCUUAGAUUAGUCUGUGAUGUCCUUUUAUGUUGUGAUGAAACCAAAAAAUAACUUAAAAAUAACGUAAAGUUGACUGAAAUACUUCCUAAACACUCCAGCAGUCAUUAACAAGUGAUGUAAUACCACUAAAUUCACAUUUCACAAAGGAUCACAAAUCCACAUGAGUGUUUAUUAUUUUUAUUUUGUCACAUUUCUUUCAUGUUCAAUACACUGUAUAUAUAUAUUCUGUUUAUGACUGUCAAACUCUGUAAUAUCAUAUGUAUUAAAUGACAAUGAUUAAGAGGAUAAAUUGAAACAACACAUCGCGUAUCUUUGCU